AGUGAUUUUCCCCAUUGACGUCAUUCUGACUAAGGCAACUCGGCGUGGUGGAUAAGACUUAUUCGUAGCAGAGUAUAAAAAAAAAAGAAUACCUUUAAAAUGUCUUACAGAGAUAGAAUGUCUGGUUCUACUGGAAGAUCAGAUAGAAAGCCAUUAGGUUUGGGUUCACAUGGUUUACCAUCUUCUUUUGGUGGAUCAAGAGGUGGUCGUGAUGACAGAUACGGUGGGGGUCGUGGUGGAUUUGGUGGUGGCCGUGGUGGUGGUGGUGGUGGAUUUGGUGGACGAAAAGAGAAAGGGUCGCAGCCAGGUGCGUCAUUGAGAAAACCUAAAUGGGAGAUGGACAGACUGCCAAAAUUUGAAAAGAAUUUCUAUGUAGAACAUCCCAGAGUGACAAACAGGUCUCCAAUGGAAAUCCAGGCCUAUUGUAGUGCCAACCAAAUUACUUUCACAGGAAGCAAUGUUGCAAAACCAAUCUUAAGCUUCGAAGAAGCCUGUUUUCCAGAAUAUGUGAUGAGCAAUAUUCGUGCCCAGUCCUGGACUCAGCCGACACCUAUACAAGCAGUUGGUUGGCCCAUAGCUCUCUCUGGUAGAGAUGUUGUAGGAAUUGCACAGACUGGCUCUGGAAAGACAGCAGCUUUUAUUCUGCCAAGCAUUGUACAUAUCAAUCACCAGCCAUAUCUUGAAAGAGGCGAUGGUCCCAUAGCUCUAGUCCUUGUACCAACAAGAGAGUUGGCACAACAAGUGCAAGAAAUCUGUGCAGAGUUCGGAUCUACAUCCAGUAUACGGAACUGUUGUGUUUAUGGUGGUGCACCAAAGGGACCACAGAUCAGAGAUUUAGAAAGAGGAGCAGAAAUUUGUAUAGCAACACCAGGAAGACUGAUCGAUUUUCUUGAAUCUGGAAAGACCAAUCUACGACGCACAACAUAUCUAGUCCUUGACGAAGCUGAUCGUAUGUUAGAUAUGGGCUUUGAACCACAGAUUAGAAAGAUAGUCGAACAAGUCAGGCCUGACAGACAAACACUUAUGUGGAGUGCAACAUGGCCGAAGGAGGUUAGGCAGUUAGCUGAGGAGUUCCUUGUAGACUAUGUACAGAUGAACAUUGGAGCUUUACAGAUCCAUGCUAACCACAAUAUUCUACAGAUUAUUGAUGUGUGCCAGGAAGCAGAGAAAGACAUGAAGUUGAUGAAAUUGCUUGAAGAAAUCAUGCAGGAGAAAGAAAACAAGACACUCAUGUUUGUAGAAACAAAAAGAAAAGCUGACGAGUUACAACGCAGGAUGAAACGAGAUGGGUGGCCAGUGUUGUGUAUCCAUGGUGACAAGUCUCAGCCAGAGAGAGAUUGGGUUCUUAGUGAAUUCAAGCACAGUCGAGUUCCACUUUUAAUAGCUACAGAUGUUGCUUCCCGUGGUCUAGAUGUGGAAGAUAUCAAAUUUGUCAUCAAUUUUGACUAUCCGAACUCCUCUGAAGAUUACGUACACAGGAUAGGACGUACAGGAAGAAGUUCACACACCGGCACAGCUUACACAUUCUUCACUCCAGGCAAUAUCAAACAGGCCAAAGAUCUCAUUGAUGUUUUACAAGAGGCAAAACAAGUAGUCAACCCUAAAUUGUUACAACUCGCAGAAAGCUCUAGAGGAUUUGGCAAAGGUCGUUAUGGAAGAGGAAGAGACAAUUACGGUGGUGGAUCAAGGUUUGGUGGUGGAGGAUCCAGGUUUGGAGACAGAUCCGGUGGUCGAGGUGGCUCCAGGUUUGACUCUGGUAGCAGCCGUGGAGGAUUUGGUAAUCGUGACAGCAGAGGUGGUGGUGACCAGAAGGGAUUCGGAAACACAGUGAAAGGAUUUGGCAAUACAACUGGUCGGGGCAGAGGUGGUGCCACCGGCAGUGGUAUGGGAUCUGCAGGCGGGCGAGGGGGUUUCUCUAAUCAGAAUGGACAAAUGAAUGGCUUUGGUUCACAACAGAACAAUUACACCAAUGGUGGUAGCUAUGGUCAGCAGCAGGGCUACAACAGCUGGAGCGCCAUGGGGAAAUAGACUUGAUCAGAAUCUCGCAAACAUCAGUAAAAAGAAAUGAUAACUUUGGUGCACUUUAUGAGCUCUUGUAGUAUUUGAAGAGUUUGAGAUUAUAAAAUGUUAAAGUGCAAAAAUACCUGUGACUCAUGCAUAUUUGAGAAAAAUUUACUUUUGGAAAUUGUCCAUUUGUGUGCAGCAUUUUCAGCAGAUGUAAACAAUUUCAAGGACAGAACAAACAUCUAGUAUUGAGCUGCAUGUGAUUCAUUAAGUACAAAAAAAAAACAGGGACUCUUAAGAAAAGUUCCAAAUUCAGUUAAGAAGAUUUAUUCCUACAGUUUGUAUUAUGCGAACAAUUUCUUGCAAGUACAGAACAAGUAUUGAGUUUUAUAAGUGACAGAUUGUUGCAAUAAUUUAAAUUAAUAUUGCUUGUCAGAUGAUGUGAUUUUUGAAUGGUGGUAGUAGACAGUACAUUAAUAUUUAUUUCAUUGUUUAUAAAUCAUCUUUUGUUACAUUCAUUUUAUCAUUAUUUUAAUCUCCAUUGAAAUUUCUUAAAAUCAUUGCUGGUUCAUUUUAUUGUAAAUUGUCAGUCUUAAUUUUGUUUAAUAUGAUUAUUGCCUGCACUUCUGCUAAGAGACAGUAAACUAUUAGUAUUUUGUCAUCAUUGGACCAAUGUUGUACUGCCACCUUUUUGUUGUAUAUUGUAAAUAUUCUUUAGACUGAAAAUAAAAGUUAAAAAACCUGUA